AUGGGCUGCCUCGGGAGCGGCGGCGGGCGGCGGGCGGCGGGCGCCCACGGGAGGACGCCGAGCCUCCGUGUGGCCGCACCACCAGCACGGCGUCGUCUCCCUGAUCCCGCCGUACCCCUACGCCCCUGCGCCCUCUCCUACAACCUCGCCCGCGGCUCCCGCACCGGCCCCGCCCCCGCCCUCCGCGACCAUCGACAAGGAGCGAUUCCUCACGGAGACUCUGCUAGCGCCGCCCUUCCAGCGCUGCUCGGGGCUGGGACCAUCACGAUGGUUCGCCUGAACCACCGGCGCCUGGAGGGAGGACGCGGAGGCGAGCGCGCGCCCACCGGCUUCGUGCGGACGCCGCAGGGCCCAUCGGCAUCGCCGUGGCCUCACCAGGGCGCAUCCCGCCACGGCAGCGUCUUCGCCCGGCCAGCGCUGACUACGUGUCUCUACGCACCUACACCCUCGCCGGCGACCGCGUCGUCGCAGGCGGGCCAUCCCACGGCGGAGAAGGCGCAGGUCUCCAAGAAGGGUCGCGCGCACGCCGCGCGUCCCGUGGCCAGGACCGUCAGGAAGGUGAUGAUCUGUGCGAAGCGCUUCCUCUUCGACGGCGCCGGCAGCAAACUGUUCCAUUACGAGUUGGUGUCCUCAAUGGAGUGGCCAAAUAUCAUCAAGCAUAGAGGUCUUGUCUCCAACAGCAGGCAGUCUGUUAGAGACGUGAUAUCAUCAUCAUCAUCAUCAUCCUCUAACAGGAUGAUGAAGGGGACAUCUAAAAUUCAGGUUAUUGUCCAAAUUGACAACUUUGGCUCUCUUCCGUUGCCCUUUGAAGACGGUUGUACAAUUCAAGAGAUCGUCUCUGCAGCUUUUCGUAAGCGAAAUGUUUGCAUCCCGGAUGCCGUUCUGAGGUUUAAUGGACGCAAUGCUUAUCCUGAGGAUCGGGUGUGUUCUUUGAACACUGGUAACAGUAAAGUGUGUACUCUCUACAUCCGUCCUCGGCUGCGGGGUGGACAACCACCUUCGCCUUCUAGCUCCAUUCCUCCAGUUCGUGAGCUAUUUGCACUAUAUCUAUCGUCGCUAGGCGAUGAUCUAUUCGAUGUGGUAACUCCCCCUCAAGAUCCGGAUUUAUUCUUUAUUGGCAUGGAGAGAUACUUCAUAUCUCUAGGGUUCACAGCAAUACAGAUUACUAUAAUGCUAUUUGAACUUCUGGAGAAUUUCCAUGAGCGGCCCGAGUGUGUUUCAAGAUUCACCUUGGCCGAUCUGGACUAUGAUAGUAGUUCGAAGAGGUUAAUGUUCAGAGACACGGUAGGCCUGGUUCCUUUUGAUCUCGCAACCUACUAUCAGAACAUGUCGGAUGCUGGCGGUAUCGUGUCUGCAAUAUUCCAGUUCGACGAGUUAAAGGUUCUUGGUUGUAGACGUGGGAUACACCUACCGCCUGGGACCGUCAGAAACAACCACAGCAGACUUCCAAAACUAGUUCAGUUUUUGGUUUAUGAUCUGCAGACUGGAGUGAGAGCAUUCCCGGGUGCAGGCACCAACAAGCGUAAAAGGGCGUACUUUCGCUGCCAUGUAGCAGUGAUGACUCCGGCUCAAAGGCUUGCUUUCUGGAUGACUUCUGAGCUGCAUUUUGACUAUAUUGGCGAUGAAAGACAGUUGGAUUAUUAUUUGGCAGUAAAAUUUGUACCGGAUUGGUCUACUCAGGCAACUCGAUCAACUGCAAUGAAGAAGGUAUAUGACUGGCGAACAUACGAUGCAUGCUCCCUAGGCCAUCAAUGGUCAAUUGCACGUAAUUGGCUAGCUCAUGCUAAACUCAAGCUAACCCAAAAGAUUACAGAAAAGCAGGCUGAGGCUUAUCUGCACAUGAUCUUUGAGUGUUUGAUGUACUACGUGUUGCUUAGGAUCUUCUUUGACAAAAUGGUGAUCAAUUGGAACACGCGCCCAAUACCAGAGGCGCAGCCGCCGCCGCCGCCGCCGUAUUUCAGGACACCACGUGUUGGUCCACCAUUGAGGGUCAACAACCAUUUCACACUUUAUCAGUUAGUCGACAUGGCUGGCUCGCUGUAGAAUCUACGGGAAAUGUUGAAUAACUUUGCAAGGCUGAUUGACUGUAGACUGGGUCACCUUGGUUGCUAGAGAUUUCUCUUGUUGGGAUGAUGGUGGCCAAUGAAACCUACAGCGUGAAACAAGUCUGGGGGCAAAUGGUCUCAGGAUUGGCAAUGGCUGCAAAGUGUGGUGUCACUUGAGGUGUGUGUGUGUGAGUAGACUAAAAGGUUUGCCGGUUUUCAUGUGAUGAUUAUAUCUUGUUAAUUCGGUUGAAGUUUUAGCUGUGGUCGGUUAUCUCACUGGUGUGCGUUCUGGAGAACCUUGGUUGAAGUUAUAUGAUGUGAAACAUUGCA